AUGGCUCUCGGCGACGUUGCGGAUGAGCCCAGCCUCGGCAACUUAGCUAGCAGGAGUAGACCCGUUUGCCAAGCUCUGUGGCUCAAAUGGUGCAGAGAACAGUUCCAUUCAGAGCUGCGUUCAUUGCCCAGCGGGGACACAUUUCCUCCUCAAGUUGCACCCUGUCUUCUCUCUCCCUGUCAGGCAAAAAUAGAUCUUUUAUUAGUUGGCGAUGUCACUGUUUGCUGCCUGGCUGAUGAUAUACAGAAAUUCUUUCCAAAUUCAGCAGAAGUUACCGUCACCAUUAGUGAUAUGAAGAAGGCAGUUGCCCUUUUGGAUGACUGCACAUUUGACAUGGUUUUCUUGAAGACAGCUCCAUUCCUCACUGCUGAAGAGCUAGAAGCUGUCAAGUCAAUUAGAUUUGGCCAAAAGAAAAAUACAGAAUUGCUGUUUAUUUUUAUAAUCCCUGAAAAAUUUAAAGGUUGUGUUUCAGGGCAUGGAGUUGAUGUUACUUUAAGCGAACCACUGACAAGAGAAAAACUGAGUAUUGUGGUAAAAUACUGGAAAAUGUGUUUCUCAAAAACUGGUAAGAAAGAAAAUGCUGCAAAGCCUAAAGAACAAGGAUCGCCCGUACUGAAUUCCUGUAGUGAACACCUAGGAUAUUUUUCUGCUGAUCUAUUCACUUGCUCUGAAUCUCUAAGAAAUGACGUUGGUUUUGAAUUUAAAAUUCCAUCAUCAGAACUUGAGAAAAACAAACAGAUUUCUGUCCUUCAUUCAAGCAAAGAAAAGCUGAGAAGAGAACGAAUCAAGUAUUGCUGUGAGCAGCUGCGCAUUCUCUUGCCGUAUAGCAAGGGGAGAAAGAAUGACUCGGCUUCCAUUCUUGAGGCAACAGUUGAUUAUGUGAAGUAUGUCCGGGAGAAAAUCCCUCCAGCUGUCAUGAGCCAGAUUACAGAAGCUCUUCAGAGUAAUAGGAGGUUUUGUAAGAAACAAACGCCUAUCCAGCUAUCGCUCCCAUGCACAGUUAAGGCGGAAAGGGAGAACAGCGUGCUGGCAGGCACUUACUCACCUGUGAGAGGGCUCCAGUUCCUGGCCAAUAAGUGCUUGAAUGUGUUCUCCCUUCCUGCCGCAGGGAGCCCCGUGGAUGAAGCUGUGAGAGGUCAGUCAAGUUCCACUUCAGAGAGCGCUAUUGGUGAUCUGUAUAAAACUCGAAUUCCCAGUUCAGCCCUCUCUCUCAACUCCUUCCAUGCUGUCAGAUAUUACUCUAAAGUUGUCCCUUCCUAUGAUGAAGCUACUGUAACAAAUCAGAACAUUCCAGUUCAUUUACCAUCAGCUGUACCUAAAGUGUCAAAGUUUCUUCCCCAGCACAGCAGCUUGGUGCUGAACCAGACAUGCACAGCACAUCCCAACUGUCUGGUCUGUUCUCAAGGCAGUUGGAGGAAACAAGAGAACAAGUGAUACAGUGCAAGUACAGGGGUGAUGUGUUACCUGCUCUGGAGUGACACAAUUGAAGAGAAGUGAAGAAGAGAAGUAUUCCUUCAAGACUGGCACCAUCUAACAAUGACACAUCAUAAUCAGCAUUUUGACUUUCCACUUGAAUUCCUACAAGGCCAUUUUCUUCCUUUAUAAGUAGCUUUAGAUUGAUUCCUAAAAGAGGUCAAAUCUAAAUUGGCCUUUGAAGAAUGGAGGUAUCGUUGUCUAAUUUCUAAUGAGAUUAUCCUGUGAGACAUAUUAAAGGCCACAGGAAAUAUUGGAGCAAAAGGGGCCUUGAAAGAAACACAACAUGAAAUUGCAGAGAGAAUUUUAGGCAGGUUGAGCUGGAGCAAGUGUUUGGAGCGUGUGGGAAUGGAAUGAGUGGUGAAUAGCACUCAGGUCUCCUGAAAUGCCUGGGCAACAGAGAUCAGUGGGCUAGGAGACCUGACAUAAAUUGCGAUUGUGUGCGGGCUACCUGUGCUUUCUCUUUUCAAUACUAUUUGUUUUCUAGAAGUACCUCACAUAUAAUCUUGUCUGCAAAGCCUUUUAUAAUUCACCACCUUGACUUAAACGUUCUUCCAUCUGUGUCCCUUGUAUUCUCUACAUUUAUAAAUCAUAGUGUCUGUAAUUGUCAGCACACUUAACUAUCUGUUUGUCUCCUUGAGAGCAGGGACCAUGUCUUUGGCCUUUGUGUGUGUCUUUGGCCCUCAUCAGUUAGCCCAGCUGCUGUUAUUUGGAUAAAAUUUUGUUAAUGGACCUACUGAUAAAAGCCUAUUCUCUGUAGAUAACUAGCAUUCCUUGAAUUUAUUUUUAAUUUUAAUUGUUUUCAGACAGAGUCAGACUGUUUCCCAGUCUGACACAGAAAUCUUAACAUUUCCUGUCUCAUUCUCCUGACUAGCUGUGAUCAUUAGCAUUUGUUACCGUGCCCAGCCGAGGUUUAUAUUUUAAAAUCUGUGCAUCUAGUAUCUAUUAAGAGGUAGUAACUUGUUGCCCGGAUACGGCACUUGGGUCACAGAACCUUGUGAUUAUGUGGGAGUGUGGGUAGUGAUUCAAAAUGUGAUACGAUCCUAAGAGAAAACUCUAGAGCACAGUCUGAGGCAACAGGGGGAGUGACCAAUGAGUCAGAUGUCUUGGAAUAGUUCAAGCCUUGUUGGGAUUUAUAAGAAAAAUAUUUUUCUAGUAACAGAAAAUUUUCCUCCAAAAUCCAUGUACUUAGAUUAUUCUGCAAACUUAAAACUCAAAUAACUCCAAGUUGUUUUUAAAAAUUUAGAAAACCAAGUAAGUCUGAUGUUUUUCAUAUUUUGAUUCCCUUUUUAAAUUAAAAUUCUUUUGCAUUUCUCAUAUUCCCUUUAUAAUGUUUGUCUUGGGCUUUUAAAACAUGUUCAUUUGGAUAUAGAUGAUUUAACACAGCUGGAUAAAUCAGCAACUGUAUCUUCUUUGAGAUAAGAAUAAACCAUUCAAGUUGAUUUUUAUCAACUUGAUAAGCAUUUACUGAGAACUUGAAUCUAGUACUAUUUUGAGGAAGGAUAAAUACAAUGAGGUUAAAAACAAACUAACAAACUCCAGAAUAAUUACAUCUUUUAAAGAACACACUGUAGUUCUGCUGGAGAAUUAAGGCAAAAACUCAGAAAGCAGCAAAUAAGAUGAAAUAAAACAUGGCAUUAUACGUUACUGAAUAUUAAUGCUGUAGGAAUAAGGAGGAAGCAGUCAGUGCAAAAAUUUUAUGAGUUAAGACAGUAUUAUAGGCUUUAGAGUCAAAUGAAUCUUGUUAUGAAUAUUAUUUCUGUUAUCACUAAGUAAACAUAACCGAGGGCAAGGUGACUUAAACUGUAAACUUUAGUUUAUUUGUAAAACUGGACUGCUUACUUCUUAUUUUCAAGUUACUAGAAAUAAAAAACAGAAAUACAGAUUCACACUUAUAAACCACAAAUGUUUGAUACCUAGAGGAGCUCAAUAAGGAAACCUACUUUGGUAAUUAAUAAAGUCAAACUUUAUUAAUUAAUAAAUUAAUUCAACUACACUCACUGGAAACAAUAAUAAUAGUAAAUAAUAGUGGACCCUCAUUUUGUUAAACAUUUUGUUAAAUACAUUUCAUUUUGCAUAUAUUUUUUCUAUGUGAUGCUUACAAAAAUUAUAUGAGAAGUAUUGUCACUUACAUUUAACAAAAAAUAAACUAAGAUUCAUAGAAGUUGCUUAAAUUUUCCAAAAUUUUACAACUAGUGCAACAAUCUGGGAUUUGCAUGGGUCCUAUGUGUGACACACACUACACAGGUUUAAUUCAUAUCAGCGUCAGAGUUUGUUAUCUGAAAUUUGAAUGGGACGGCUGGUAUGUGCAUACUUAGCUAACCUUUGGACUCUUACUUCACUUUUCAGUUUGAAUAUUAUUUCACUGAACAAAGAGCUUGUCCCACAGAAUCAGCUUUGUAAUAGACGCCAACAUGUUCUUGGACUAGAUUUGGAGUCUGAGGCAUAUCUUGGCAGACUGUGGCUGUUACUGAUCUCAGCUCACUGUUAGGACUCUAAAGAUAAAAUCAGGCCAAACUAUGUAAAGACGUCCUCUGGAGAGCUCUCCAUAAUCAAUGUAACUGCCAGAGAGAACACACGUCCAGUUGACCACUCAUGGGAAACUGUGGAUGUAUGGGAGAUAUCUGAUACCAAAGGUGAGAAAAACAGAAAAGGAAGAAGAUACACCAAUACCUAUCUUCCUACCAACAUAGAGAAAGACAAGAGCCCUAUCUAGAAGGUCGCUAGGGUUAGAAAAAAAUCAAGUCAAUCUUACUCAAAGCUACUGUAAAAAAAGAGGAUAAAAGUACAAACCUAAAGUAAUGAGUAUUCUUCCUCCAGAAUCAACAAUGAAAGUGAAAUGAGACCCAAAACAGUAGAAAGGGUCAGCAGAAAAUUACUAAGUAACUGUCAGGCACACAGAAAGAUCCAGUGCAUAUGUAAUGGAGUUUCUGAGGACAGCAUGACAAAAUAAUGGAAUGGAAUUAAUAUUUUUGACUAAAUAUAAGAAUCUUUCUGCAAAUAAGAGAACGUUUAAGUUUAUUUACUUAAAGGAAUGACCAGGUACCCCGAAUUUGACCUGAAAAGAUCAACUGUGAUACACAUCUAAGUAAAAUAAAGAAAAGUCCUCAGGGCCUACAGGUAAAAAGGUCACAUUAGCUAUAAAAGUAAGAGAAUCAGGCUGGCACUGCAUUUCUCAAGAGUAGCCACAAAGGAAGGCAAUAUUGGAACAAGGUUUUUUAAAGAAAUUCAUGGAAAUAAAAGACAAGGCAAAGAUUUUUUAAAAUACUGCUAAGAUGUUUUUCAGGUAUUAUUUUUUAAAAGUCAGCUUUGAAUCUCCAGCACCUCAAAUAAAACAUACUUUUGGGAAAAUCUGCUAAGGGUGAGCUUAUCCAACCAAAAUAUAGCUUUGGUACAAGAUAAUGGGAAUUUAAUAUACUUAAAUAUAGAGCUAAUAUUAAUACAAAGAUAAUGAUGGUGAAAAAAAUAAUGUAUAAAGGUAAUAGGGUUUGAUGAAAUGAUGCAAUUAAAAUGAAAGGAGAAAUAAAGAGAAAAAACAUUCUUUCAUAUAAAUUGACAAAAUGAUAAGAUUAAAUUAGAAAAAAAGAUUCAUAGAACUAUGACAAAUUACAGAGCUCCUACUAGAAUAAAAAUAAAAAUCUUCCUAAACAUCAGAAUAACUGUUUUGAAAAUAAAAUAAGAUACCAAAUAAAGAAAAAAGCAAAGUAAGUAUAAUACACACAAAACUAUAUGGUGAACCCAAGAACAAACAAAUCAGACGUAUAAAUUCGAGUUGGUUUAACUCACCUUUCAAAAGAAAAUGAUUUUCAGUGUCGCAGAGUCAUUGUAGUCUCAUGUUUGUUUCAGUAUUGUUCACAAUAGCCAGGAUAUGGAAUCAAUCUAACUGUUCUUCAAGGGACAGGUGGGUAAAGAAAAUGUGAGCUAUCAAUAUAGAUACAUGAUUUAAUUCUGUACAGCCAUGAAAAAGAAUGAAGUCCUUGUCAGUAUCAUGGCUGAACCUAGAGGACAUUAUGUUAACUAAAAUUAGGUCGGUGCAGAAAGACAAAUACUCUAUGAUUUCAUAUGUGGAACCUACAGGAGCUGAUCUCGUAGAAGUGGAGAGUGGAAUAUUACAGACAGGUGAGGGGAGGACAGGAGUAAGGGGAGGACAAGAAGGGACUUGCCAAUGGGUACAAAGUUGCAAUUAGCUAGGAGAAAUAAGUUUUGGUGUUCUACUGCACAAUAGGAUGGCUAGGGUUGACAAUAUUCCAUGGAAUAUUUUUAAAAGACCGCUUGGAAUGUUUUCACCCCAAAAAGUGGUUAAUAUAUGAAGUUAUGAAUACCUAACUUGGUGAUGAUAUAAGGUAUACACGACUGAACCAUCACAUUCUGCCUCACAAAUAUGUACAAUGAUUGUGGGUCAAUUAAAAAACAAGAAAAUUAUUUUCAACCUGGCUCUUUAGACAAAACCCAGCUCUGUUCUAUAUACAAGGAACAUCCCUAAGCCAUCUCGGCUACAAAUUGAGUUGGCAGACUGUGGGAUCUUUAGAAUCCACUCAUCAUUCUGGUUUCCUGCAGAUCAGCUCAGUCUGAAUUGUGCUUUGAAUCCAGGUCUUCAUAUAUGUUGAAUAAUGUGAAAUAACCUAGCAUUUAUUGCUGCUUCUGCCAGGAAUAUUUAAGGUGCUUUUUUUCCCCCAUAGGAUCCUUGUUACAGAGACCCUUAGGGGAAAAUUUGGCCUGGCUUUCAUAUUAAGAAAAAUUUUAUAUCUUUUGAGUAAUUUGUUAGUUUUUAUCCUAAAAACAGCAGGAAUCUUGAAAAGGAAGUUCUUCUAGCUUGUAUAUAAAGUUGCAAGAGAGCAUCAUUUCCAUCCUAACGAUGAGAAAAGAUAAGCAAAAAAAAAAAAAAAAAAAGAAAAGUAAAAAAACCAGAAAACUGAAGAUACAAGGAGACCUCAAUGAACUCAUUCCAAAAAGUGAUGAUUCUUUCCCAAGAGUCAAGAUCUAUGGAUGUUUUCAUCCUUGUAGAGUGGUGGGAAAAGAACAAAUAUUCUGUAGAUGAAGGGAGGAGAAAUCAGCUAGCUGAAUUUUAUUUAACUAUAAACAUUUGUUUAUUGUGGUAUAAUUGAUAUAAAUUCUACAUUUUCAAAUAAUACAAUUUUACAAACUUAAAAGAUACAUGUACCUAUGAAACUGUCAUCACAAGCAAGAUAAUGAACAUUGAUCACCCAUAGAAGUUCUCUAUGUUCUCUUUUAUGAUCCCUUCUUCUCAUUCUUCAUUGAAUCCAAGGAAACCACUGAUGUGCUUAAUAUUACUAAGGACUAGUUUGUGUUUUCUAGAGUUUAUACAAAUGGAUUUAUGUAGCAGUUACUUUUUUACCCAGCUCUUUUUUGACUCAUCAUAAUUAUUCUGAUAUUUAUCCAUGUUUUAAGGGUCAGUAUUUAAUUUCUCUUUAUUUUGGAGUACUAAUCUACUGUAUUACCUUAUGACAAUUAGCUAAGCCUGUAGAACAAUGUUGAAUAAAAGCUGUGAGAAUUAACAUUUUUGUAGUGUUCCUGGUUAUAAGGAAAAAUAUUUAACCUUUCACCAGUAACUAAUUAGGUAUACAUUUCUAUAAGAUGUCCUUUUACAUAUCAAGGAAGUUCUUAUCUAUUACUAGUACACUGAGAUAUAUACCCAGUAUGAAAGAUAGAUGAUCCUAUGGUUUUAAGUUUUCUAUUUUUCUAACACAGUUGUUAAAUCAGUCUUAUAUUCUUUGGGUAUCUCCCACCUUGAUUCAGUAAGUCAUGAGAUGUAAUCCUAAUUAUUGUGGAUUUGAUUUCUUAAAAUUUUGUUUAGGAAUUUUGCAUCUGUGUUCAUGAAUGAUUUGGCCUGUAGUUUUUAUUUUAUUUUUUUAGGUUUUGAUAUCAGAAUAAUGCUGUCCCCUAAAAUGGCCUCUAGGAAAUAUUCCCUCCUCUUUACUUUUCUGGAAGUCUGUGUAAGAGUUUAUAUUAAAUUUCUUCUUUAAUUAUUUAGCAUAAUUCAUCAAUGAAGCCAUCUAGGCGUGGAGUUUUCUUUGGAGGAAAGCUUUUCAAAGUGCAAAUUCAAUUUUUUAAUAAAUAAAUAAAGAGGAAUUUAAAUGAUUUAUUUCUUCUUGAGUGAGCUUUGGUAGUUGCAUACCAGUUAUUCAUAAUGGCCCGUUAUUAUCCCGUUAGUGCCUGUGGACUGGUAGUGAUGUCAGUUUUUACAUUCCUGAUACUAAUAAUUUGUGCUCCCCUUCUCACAUGAGUUUCUCUAGGUUUCCAUUUUUGUUGAUAUCAAAUUAGUUUUUGCCUUCACUAACUUUACUGUUUUUUGAUUUGUAUUUCACUGAGUUCCACUCUGAUUUUUUUUUCCAUUUCUUUAGCUUCUUUUGGGUUUUGAUUUUGAAACUAGCUAGAAAUACCAGUUAUUUUGUCAGUUAUUUGACGCCUUAUUAGUAACUGUAUCAAGUGUACAUAGCUUAUUGCUGAGUGAUUUAAAGGAUGUGUACAAGUUCCAAAUUUAACAUUUUGCAUUAUUAGGUCUAUUUUUACCAGCAUAUUAGUCAUACAGUUUGAACAACUGCCAAUAUUGGGAGAAAAGGAAAUAAAGAAUGAACUGAUUUCUAGGCUUUGGUAAUAUUUCUUUACAAACACAAAAGCUAUUGUAGUACCAGUUCUCUUGACAUGUUUGCUUAUAUUAGCCCUAUUCAAGCUAUGAAUUACAUUAUAUUGUACUAAUUCUGAGUAUAUUUCUUUUUUAUUUUUCCCACCUACGUGCUUUGUAUUCCUCUUUCCUGAAAUGCAUUUGCUUUCUAGGCACUUUCAACUAUAUAAUAAUGUAGGCUUGAUGGUAUGGUAGAAAGAGUUCAAAAUUUUGAGAUAUAUUUAUGUCCCAGUCCAUACUCUGCCACAUUAUGAGACUUUGGAAAGUUAUUUUUCCUCUCAACAUAAUUUUCUUAAUACACAAGGUGGAGCUAAAACUAGUAUGUUAAAAUUGUCAUGAGGAUUAAGUGGAAAAUAUAUAUAAAGUGGCUGCCAUAUGUUAAACCCUCAGUAAAUCUUAAUUCUGUUUCACUUUAUUAUAAUCUUGUGGCCAGCUCCUUGGCAGUCAGUUACAAGAAAGCCUUGACCUGCUUCCUGGCAGCACGUGGCCUAGGAGUUCAUGCUCGGUCUUUCUUACUUCCGACUUCAAGCUUGUUUGACUCUGGGAAUUGAUCACCAGACAGAAUCUACACUGCCACGUGUAACCCAGACGUAAGGAAAGUUAAAACCCUGGAUGUCCCUGAUAAAUAGGGAAUGGAAACUAAUGGGUAAAUGCUUCUGAGGGUGAUUCAUAAGCCUUCUCCAGUGGUUCAAAAGGACCCUGCCCCACCAAUUGUAUUGACCAUAUUGAUGCAAUAUUCUUGUACUAGAUUUCCAGAUUUCUCCUCCUUCUCUCCUGCUUCCUGGGAUCACUGUCCAGAGACCACUCUGCCUUGGAGGAACUCAGGCUAAUGAAAUACCUAUUACGUAUAGUAUCUGCGCUAAAUGUCAUGGAAACAAAGUUGAGGAAGAUAGAUAACUAUCCAAGAAAACUUCACAGUGUAAUACAGUACAUUAUGUUACUCUAUUCCUGAAUACAUUUAAAGAUAUAAACGUGUAAUGUUAGCUCAGUGUGUUUAUACAGUUUACAUUUACUGAAUAAUUAUCAGUUAACUAAUUCAAAGCAUAAAUGUUACUUUACUAAAUAUGUAACAGUUAAACUAAUGGUUUGCUUUUCUGCCUAACACAUUUUUUGUGAGAUUGAUGUAAGUAAAUAUAAGCUGCCAUAGUUCAUUUAUUUUUACUGCAAUAUACAGUUUGCCAUUAUAAAAAUGUGUCACAUGUAACAUCCAUUUUUCUGUUAUGUACACUUGGAUUGUUUAUACUUUAUGUUUUUUUUUUGUUAUAAAUAGUGUUCCUAGAAACAUUCUUGUACUUACCUUUUGGAGCAUACAAGCAAAAGUUUUCCUAUAGUUAAUACUUAGAAGUAGGUGUGCUGAUACAUAGAAUAUGUUUAUUUUCAGUUUUACUACAUAAUAUCAAAUAAUUUUACAAAGUGGUUAUAAAACUGCAUAAUUCUAGCAUUUUGUAAGAUUUCUGGCUUCUUCGCAACCUCAUCUUACUUUAUAUUGUCAGGUUUAUUCACUGCCAAUAUUGUGAUCUGUGAGAAAUGGUAUCUUGUGAUUUUUAUUCAAGUUUCUCCAUUAAGGAGAUUGAAUCUUGGUUCAUGUUUAUUGAUAAUGUUCACUCUUUUGUGAAAUACCUGUUCUAGUCUCUAUGCCUCUUUUCAUACUGAGCUGUGGCUUUAAUUUUCGGUUUAUAAAUGAGACAUCAUCCUUGUCAAUUAUAUGGGCUGUGAAUUGUGUUGAUUUAUAGUUUAUAGGUUAUCUUUUUACUUUAUAAUCUUUCAAUAGAUAACAAUGUGGUAUAUGGUAAUAUCCAUUAGUCUUUGCAUUUUCUGUGCCAUUUUAAUACUCUUGAUGUCAAAAAUGCAUUCAUCUACAAAUUUAUUUGUGUAGUAUUUUGUUCACAUUAAAUUCUUUCAUCUAGAA